AUGGCAACAUUUUAGGAGAGGUUUAAAGGGAAGACGACAGUGAUGGGUAGAAAUGGAUUGGAAUCAGUUUUGAAUACAUGUCAAUAGCCCAUCAAAAAGGAACUUGAUUAUCAAAAUAAACCACCUCUAAUAUACUAGCCUCUCUAGCAAUAAACAAAUAUUCAAAUAUCUCCAAUAAAAAUUUAAUACAACAAACAGACUAACAACUAAACCCUCUAUUAACAUAAUCCAUAUAUUGGGGAACAAUAGAUACAAGACUCUCUUUAAUACUUAAGUCAACAAUAAUACUUUCAGCCUAUAGCAAAUUAUCAAGUAGUUUCAGAACCACAAAAGAAAGAGGAUACUCGAUCAAAAUCAGCGAAAUAAUAAUUAGAUUCAGCAGAUGAAUCACACCGCUACAAACCAUACACUCUAAAGGAUUAUGAAAUUAUGAAGAAGACUGCCAAUGCAAAAUUAGGAGGCUUGGGUCCCAAUCUAAGUGGAGAUGAAUGGGCAAAAGAAAAGGAGAAAGUAUUGAAACGUUAAGAAUUUGCAGAGUAAGUGAGAUAGUUCAAUUCAACAAACAUAAUAACAACGAAAAUAAGAGAACCCAAGCAAUCAGAACCUAAUGCAAGAACCAAAGCAAUGGAUUUUGCUAGAAAUAUUCCAAAACCCCAAAUAAGGAAAAAAGAUGAAUAGCCUAUUAAAAGCAUUCCAAAUAGACCUUCAGAAAACAAUAAUAUUAGCAGAGAUCCAUUUGAUGAUGAAAUUGCUCGUCUUGAGAAAGAACACUUAAAGUAUUUAAACUAAUUGGAUAAAAUGAAAUGA